CCUUUAUCCUCCCGGCACCAAACGAAGUCAGUGAGCGCCUGUGUGGAACUUGGACUGCUCACUUGUGGCUUACCUUGUUGUUUCGAGUUCGCUGUAACGGAGGUUUAGAGCUACCCUCCAGGUUUUAAAUUUUAUAUAAAAAAAAGUUGACCGAAGCCCUUCUUGGACGUAGAACUGACCACUAAGCUAAAGCAAAAUGUCGAACAGGGAAAAGCCAAUGGGGAUGGACAGAGCUCUUCAUUCCAAGGUGUCAGCAAAGUAUGAUUCUGGCAGUGAGUAUGAGGUUAGACAAUGGAUUCAACAGCUUACAGGUCAGGACAUCGGCAGUGGAGCUAUGGAGGUGGAAAAAAGAUUAAGAAAUGGUCAGAUUCUUGUUCAAUUGAUAAACAAAGUUUUUGAAGGCACCCCAAAUCUCCCCCCUGCAUGUCAAAAUGUGAAACUAAAAGGAAACAACAGCCCUCUUCCUUUCAAACAGAUGGAGAAUAUUGAAAUUUUCUUGAAGGGUUGUGAAGCUUAUGGUGUACCAUCCAACAGUCUUUUCCCUACCGCUGAUCUCUUUGAAGGUAGAAACAUGGCUAUGGUCAUUUCGACCAUUCUCCAGCUUGGAACUGAGGCCCAGAGAAAUGGAUUUAAUGGUCCCACUUGUGGUCCUAAACCAUCUGAGAAACAUGUUGUGGAAUUCACUCAAGAGCAGCUCAGGGCUGGCCAGGGAAUUAUUGGUUUGCAGGCUGGUACCAACAAAUGUGCUUCACAAGCUGGCAUGAAAAUGGGUGCCUCAAGACACAUUGCUGACAUCAGAGCUGAUGACAUGGUUAAGGAAGGACAGGGAAUCAUUGGCCUCCAGGCCGGGUCCAACAAGGGUGCAUCUCAAGCAGGUAUGUCCUUUGGUGCUGUGCGUCAUAUUGCUGACAUUCGAGCAGACGAGUCUACUCAAGAAGGUCAUGGAAUCAUCAGCUUGCAAUCUGGCUCCAACAAAUUUGCCUCACAAGCUGGAAUGAUGGGCUUUGGUGCCGUGAGGCAUGUUUCUGAUAUUCGUUGUGACGAGUCCACACCAGAAGGUCAAGGAAUCAUCAGCUUACAAUCUGGCUCCAAUAAGUUUGCUUCACAAGCUGGAAUGUUGGGCUUCGGUGCCGUAAGGCAUGUUUCUGAUAUUCGCUGUGACGAGUCCACACCGGAAGGUCAUGGAAUCAUAGGCCUACAGUCAGGCUCCAAUAAGUUUGCAUCUCAAGCCGGCAUGAGAAUGGGUGCUAUAAGACAUAUUGCUGAUAUCAGGGCUGACGAUGCCAGUGAUGAGGGCAAAGCUGCUUUAAGCCUUCAAUGUGGUACUAAUAAAUAUGCAUCACAAGCAGGCAUGGUAGGAUUCGGUGCCAUAAGAUACAUAUCAGAUAUUAGGGUUGACGAAGCAAGUGAUGAAGGCAAAGCUGCUUUAAGCCUUCAGUGUGGUACCAAUAAAUAUGCAUCUCAGGCUGGAAUGAGCGGCUUUGGUGCCAUUAGACAUAUAUCGGAUAUCAAGGUUGAUGAAGCUACUGAUGAGGGAAAAGCUGUCAUAAGCCUUCAGUGUGGCACCAACAAAUUUGCAUCACAGGCUGGAAUGAGUGGCUUUGGUGCCGUUAGACAUGUAUCUGAUAUUCGAUGUGACGAGUCUACUCUAGAAGGUCAAGGAAUCAUCAGUUUACAGUCAGGCACUAAUAAAUUUGCAACUCAAAAAGGCAUGAGAAUUGGUGCCAUCAGACACAUAGCAGACAUCAGGGCUGACGAUGCCAGUGAUGAGGGCAAAGCGGUCAUUAGUCUACAGUCAGGCACUAAUAAAUUUGCUUCUCAAGCUGGAAUGUUGGGCUUUGGCGCUGUUAGGCAUGUUGCCGAUAUACGUGCAGACAAUGCAUCCCAAGAAGGUCAAGGAAUCAUAGGCUUACAAUCAGGCUCCAAUAAGUUUGCCAAUCAAAAAGGUAUGAGGAUUGGUGCCAUCAGACACAUAGCAGAUAUCAGGGCUGAUGAUGCCAGUGAAGAGGGCAAAGCUUUCAUAAGCUUACAGUCUGGCACAAACAAAUUUGCAUCACAGGCUGGUAUGAGUGCCAUUGGUGCUGUCAGGCAUGUUUCUGAUAUUCGAUGUGAUGAGUCCACCCAAGAAGGUCACGGCAUAAUAGGUCUACAAUCAGGUUCCAAUAAGUUUGCAUCUCAGGCUGGGAUGAGUGGCUUCGGUGCCAUAAGACAUAUAUCAGAUAUCAAGGUUGACGAUGCCAGCGAUGAAGGCAAAGCUACGUUGAGUCUUCAGUGUGGUACCAAUAAAUAUGCAUCUCAGGCUGGAAUGAGCGGCUUUGGUGCCAUUAGACACAUAUCAGAUAUCAAGGUUGAUGAUGCUACUGAUGAGGGAAAAGCUGUCAUUAGCCUACAGUCAGGCACCAACAAAUUUGCAUCACAGGCUGGAAUGAUGGGCUUUGGUGCUGUAAGGCAUGUUGCCGACAUUAGGUGUGACGAGUCUACUCAAGAAGGUCAUGGAAUCUUAGGUUUACAGGCUGGCACCAACAAAUUUGCUACACAGGCAGGCAUGAGGAUUGGCGCACAACGUCAUGUUUCUGAUAUUCGAGCUGACGAUGCUACCAGAGAAGGACAAGGCAUUUUAGGCUUGCAAGCAGGCUCCAACAAAUUGGCUUCCCAGGCAGGCAUGAGGAUUGGCGCACAACGUCACGUUGCUGAUAUUCGAGCUGACGAUGCUACCAGAGAAGGGCAAAGCAUCUUAGGCCUGCAGGCGGGAUCCAACAAAUUGGCUUCACAGGCUGGCAUGAGAAUGGGUGCUAUUCGUCAUAUUGCAGACAUUCGAGCUGAUGAUGCCAGCAAAGAGGGUCAAUCUAUUAUAUCUUUGCAAGCAGGAUCUAAUAAGGGAGCAUCCCAAGCUGGCAUGGCUUUUGGUGCUGUCAGACACAUUGCAGACAUCAGAGCUGAUGACAUGUCGAAAGAGGGACAAAAUGUUAUUGGUCUCCAGGCUGGCUCUAACAAAGGAGCUUCUCAGUCAGGUAUGUCAUUUGGUGCUGUCAGACAUAUUGCUGAUAUCCGUGCUGAUGAUGCCAGCAAAGAGGGUCAAAGUGUCAUCGGCCUGCAGGCUGGCUCCAACAAGGGAGCUUCUCAGUCUGGCAUGAGCUUUGGAGCCGUGCGACACAUUGCUGACAUUCGUGCAGAUGAUGCUUCAAGGGAAGGUCAAACAGUCAUUGGUCUGCAGGCUGGUUCUAACAAGGGAGCUAGCCAAGCAGGCAUGUCAAUGGGUGCCCAGCGCCACGUUGCUGACAUUAAGGUAGAUGAUGUCAGCCAGGCAUCCAAAGCCACCAUCAACUUACAAUAUGGCCAGAACAAAGGAGCUAACCAAUCAGGCAUGAGUUACGGAGGUCGCAGAGACAUCAUGGGCAAUUAAGUGAUUGAGGCUUUAUUUAUACAUCAUUUAAGCACAGGACUUUUAAAAACAAAACAACAAAUUCAAUACUUUAAAUGAAAGGAAAGACAAGAUAAAUGUUGUCAUGAAGGGGAGAUCACACAGGCAUUGUGAUAUUUAAAGUGGUUGUUUUUUUUUUUGUUUUUUUUUAAUUGAAGUUUUUUUUGUUAGUCUUGGUGUGUAAAGAUGUUUUCACUGUCAAGUCAACGGAUUGAAAUGUAUUUGCUGAUUGACAGUAGCUUUCCAUCUAGGAUGAGAUUGAAAGGUCUGUAGAUAAAUGUCAGUCUUCAUCUUGCUUUAUACAGUUUAGAUUUUAAACUGCUGUUUCAAUGUCCCAGAUCUGCCAAAUUAAAAUGCUUUUUAAAAAUUUCAUAUACUAUAAUGCUUAUCCGACUAUAUAAAUAAAAUGUUUUCUCAAAAUAUGCAACAGUGUUGGUAUCUUUGCACCAUAUGAAUGACUCUUGCAGCUUUUCAUACACAAAUUUGGCUCAGUUCCUCUAAGUUUCGAUGAAGUAAAAAGCAUCUCAUCACAAACAUGAACAAAUGAAUAAUUCAAAUGGGUUUAAUAGUAACAACAAAAAAAAUUGUCAAUGUAUGGAUUGAAAUAAAUAUUUGAAAACAAGCGAAUACCAAUUUUGUUUCGUUUUUUUAUUUUUUUUAAUUAUUGUUUAUUGUGUUUAUUAUGAUUCAAAGUAAUCCACGGCAAGUCAAUUGAGAGCCAAAUUUUGUUUAUAUUGUUACCAUUUGUGUCACACAUGAACUGGAAAGUGUUAUUAAUGUACAAAACUUAUGAAUGCAAUGCAAAGAUGAAACAUUUUUUUAGUUGUUUUAAUUAUUUUUAAAGCUUAAAACAUCUGCUUCCAUGACUACAAUGUCUUUUAUUAUUUUAUUUUUUUUAAAGUUAAACAAAUGCAUUUUCUGUUUAGUCUUGGUAGAGAGCAGAGCAUGACAAAGAGAGUUAUAGAACUUUAAGUCUUUUUUUUUUUUUGCUACUUAAUUGGCUAAAGAACCUAUACAUUCUGUUGCUUUGAUUUUUUUUUUCCUGCUGGCUGUAAAUAUUUAUAUAUAUGAUGAUCAUUAUUAUAUACAAAUGCAUACUUUUUUAAGAAAAUAAAAAUAUUUUUUCUCUC